CUCAGUCCUGCUGGUGGCUCCGCUUGCGGCAGGGACCUGGUGGGCUGAGUCUGCUGGGCCAGGUGCUCUGUGGCUCAAGGCUUUGAAGAUUGCUGAGGAACACACGAUUUGAAUCAUUUCAGCAUUAAAAUAGUAAUACCCAUGGAAGAGCCACAAGACUUACCCGAACAACCAAUGAAAAAAGCAAAGAUGCAGGAAUCCCGAGAACAAAGCUUGAGUCACGUGAGCAACGCAGAAGUCAGCGAUCAGAAACCUGAAUCUUCAAGCCUUGGUUCAAACCUUCCCAUGUCCAGCGAGAUUAUGACAUGCACUGAUUAUAUUCCAAGGUCAUCAAAUGAUUAUACCUCGCAAAUGUAUUCUGCAAAACCAUAUGCACAUAUCCUUUCUGUACCCGUAUCGGAAACAAUGAGCCCUUACCCUGGUCAGACUCAGUACCAAGCACUACAGCAGUCUCAGCCCUACACCAUCUACUCCCAGACCACCCAAACCUAUGGACUACCUCCUUUCGGUGCACUGUGGCCAGGUAUGAAACCUGAAAGUGGUUUAAUUCAGACUCCAUCUACAAGUCAGCACAGUGUUCUCACCUGCACUACAGGGUUAACCACAAGCCAGCCCAGCCCAGCACAUUAUUCUUAUUCCAUUGAAGCAUCAACUACCGAUGCCAGUCCAGUCUCUACAUCCUCAACUGUUGUCAAUAUUUCCACGUCAACAGUAGCCAGCAUCUCACAGGAAUAUCCUACAUACACGAUCCUUGGCCAAAGUCAGUACCAGACGUGUUACCCGAGUUCUGGCUUUGGAGUUGUAACACCAGCAGACAGCAACACAGAGAAUACUGCGCUAGCAACAGCUACGUAUCCAACCGAGAAAACAAAUGCCAUGGUGCCUACGCGGACGGUGCAGAGACAUUCCUCCGGAGAUGCAUCCACAAGUCCUUCAUUAUCAAGAGCAACAGCAAGUAAAGAGUUAGAUGAGCAGGCAAGAAAAAACAUCCCUGGGAAGAACAGGGGGAAGAGGAAAGCAGAUACCUCCUCCUCACAGGAUAGUGAGCUGGAGCGAGUGUUUCUCUGGGACCUGGAUGAGACCAUCAUAAUCUUCCAUUCACUUCUCACAGGGUCUUAUGCCCAAAAAUAUGGCAAGGAUCCAACUCUGGUGAUUGGCUCGGGUCUGUCAAUGGAGGAGAUGAUUUUUGAAGUAGCUGAUACUCACUUGUUUUUCAAUGACCUGGAGGAGUGUGACCAGGUACACAUAGAAGAUGUGGCAUCCGAUGACAAUGGCCAAGAUUUAAGCAACUACAAUUUCUCCACGGAUGGCUUCAGUGGCUCAGGAAGUAAUGCGAAUCACAGCUCAUCAGUUGGUGUCCAGGGUGGAGUGGACUGGAUGAGAAAACUGGCCUUCCGCUACCGCAGGGUACGAGAGAUCUACGACAAAUACAAAACUAACGUUGGAGGCCUUCUUAGCCCACAGAAGAGGGAAGCUCUGCAGCGUCUAAGGACCGAUAUAGAAGUGCUAACAGAUUCCUGGCUGGAAACUGCAUUAAAGUCCCUGCUACUCAUACAGUCCAGAAAAAACUGUGUGAACAUCCUGAUCACAACCACCCAGCUGGUGCCAGCUCUUGCCAAAGUUCUCCUGUAUGGAUUGGGCGAGGUGUUUCCCAUUGAAAAUAUUUAUAGUGCUACAAAAAUAGGUAAAGAGAGCUGUUUUGAGAGGAUUGUGUCACGAUUUGGAAAGAAAGUCACCUAUGUGGUAAUUGGAGAUGGGCGUGACGAAGAGGUUGCAGCUAAGCAGCACAACAUGCCUUUCUGGAGGAUCACGAAUCAUGCAGAUCUCAUGUCCCUUCACCAAGCCCUCGAGUUAGACUUCUUAUAAGAAGCUGGAGCACAGGCGUGACUGCAGCUCCUGCAAGCUGUCUCCGUGGCUAGGGAGGCAGAAGUCUCACGUAUUUGGGGACUCACUUUUCAGCUUGAUGAAGAAAACAUACCUAAUGCAAACUGUACAGUAAAACGUGACACCAGGUUAUCUCAGGAGUACAGGCCCUGCCAAGUACAAAGGUGUUGUAUACUCAGCAGAGCUAGGGCUUGUCUGAAGAAGAGACUUGCAGAAGCCAGCUGACUCCCUCCAGCAGGUAGCCUCCAGCGGGAGGGGGUGAUACAACAAUAGAAGUAUUUCUAAGAGCCUUCUCCUUUCUAUUCAGCUUAGUUGUAGAACCCGAGUAAACGCAAAACCUUAUUUUUAUAGAAAAAUAUUGAUGGCAGAGCUGAACCUCUCUUAUUUUGCAAAGCCGGAAAGAACUAUGUUUUUUUUUCCAUAGGAAAUAUUAAUGAAAAUGUCAAAAAUACCUCUAUUGCUGUGAAACGUGUCCUCUCUCCUUCCCUGGGUGUUCAAAGCAGUAAUUUAUUACAAUGUCCUUAUGUUAUUUCCUCAACAUGGGAUUACUGGAAAAUAGAAAGAAAGGGAAUGUUUCUGGGAUACGUCGUUCCUUGUAGAGGAAAGUGUUGGUGUUCUGAGCUGGUCCCAGUGGCUCCUAGUCAAUGUGUGCACAAGCCCUGUUAAACAAGCAGGAGAUCAUUGGAUUCCAGCUAUCCAUGACCCAGACAGUAGAUCCCACAGAUUUUCCCUGUAAAGGAAAACAAAACUGCCUAUGAACAUAAGAUACAGCACAACACUAUUGCAGACUGCUCAGAUGUGAACAGUCUUCAUCUAAGAAUAAUUUGGGAGAACUAAAUCCUCAUGAAUGUUACAAAGAAGAGUGUGGUUAUUAACCUUCACCUCUGCUUUCCUGACUCCAUUUGUGAGAGUAAGUUCCUUUUAGUAGAAUCAAUUUUCUUGUAUUCUUUGCAUUAGCCUAACUACAUAGUUAGAAACAAACCCCUUGUUAAGAGGGACUUAAUUUUCUCAGACACUGUGACUUGGCAGCCUGGAGCACGCUGGCCUUGGGGGUGAUGCUUAUGCUGAUUUUUCUGCCACCAUCUCAGAAAAAAAGGCUGGAGUCAGUGACCUGCAGUACUGCUAGCCAGAAAUGGCCAGCUGGAGACUGGGGGCUGUCGCAGGGCACUGAUUUUGUGCCAGGUCAGGCUGUGUUCAGUGGGACCUGUACCCCAAUGGCUCCAAAGCAGCAGGUGCCUGGGGUUUCUGCACAGAGGAGAGAUGCCUGCUGUGCCCCACCGCACGCCUCUGCUGCUCCUGCUGAGCCAAACGCUGCAGCUGCACCCAAACCUCUCCAGAUUUCUGGUCUCCAGCCCAGUGUCACCUGCCUGGGACCCAGCGGGGACUGCUCUGAAAGCAUGUUGCUCCCGGGAGGACACUGACCCAUCAGGCUGUGCCCACAGAAGCAGGUGAUGUGUUUGCUGCAUUCCUUUCAUGGCAUUAAUUACUGAGGAAUAAUUUCCAUCAGUGCUAGGGGAGUUGCUGGGCCAGCUCCCGUCACCACUGUGGAGAGAGUGCCUAGAGCAAGGGGUUUGGAUCCCCAGAGCUAAGUGACUGGACCCAGAGGUGUCUGUUUCACAUGUUCCUAGCUCCUGUUUAAUUA